AAUUUCAGUCAACUUAUCGGCUAUACAAUCUAUCCUUAAUAUGUCUAAUAUGGAUAACCUGACCAGAUUAAUACGCAAUGCACUUUACAAAGGAGGAAAAUCAAUAAAAAUUAUGUGGGUUCCAAGCCAUGUUUUAAUCCCUGGCAACGAAGCAGCUGACGAAAGAGUAAAGCUUGCAGCUAAAGAACCCCUUAUUGUGGAGAAUGCCUUUUCGAAAAAAGACAUCUACAGGCUGGCAAGUGAACAAAUAUACAAAACUAAGCUGGAAAAAUGGAAGGAUUUCAAGCACCACUACGCAAACGUUAACGUAAAUGGCGAGAAACCUAUAUUUCCGGAGAAGAUCAGCAGCAACAAUUUAAAAGCGUUUAUUAGACUACGUAUUGGACAUACGAUUGUUACCCAUGAAUCUGUCCUGAAAGGUUCGAGGUCGCCACAGUGCUCCUAUUGCAACGUGGAAACAAUCACCGUAACUCAUCUCCUCGACAGAUGUCAGCAUUUCGCUACAAUCAGAGCUAGCAUCUUCAACACCAUUGCAUCCAAGUUAUUGAAAAACCAGGACAUUGAAUC